AUGUUCACUUUCAAAAUUCGCAAGCUGGGAAGUGAGGCGCCUGCAUGCCUCCAGUGCGAUUUCAAGAUUGAGGUCGACAUCUCAGACAAGUACAGUGAUUGUCGAGCAAACCAUGGCGGCGCCGAUUCGCGAGAAUUCCAAUGGGUCGCUCCUUUGAAGCCUUUUGACUUGAAGGCGUACCUCAAGGGCGAUGAAUCUUGGAUAACGGACGGGUUAGGAUUGAAGAAAAAGCUCUCUCUAGCUCACAGGAUCCCGCCACUUCCACAAGGAGCCGUCGAACCGAAAAAGCCAACCGAAGUCCCAGACAUGCCCCGAGUGGAGAAGAAGAGACAUCGGGUCCCGAAAGCUCCAAAAGGGUUACGGUUCUAUAGAACCGACUCAAAAAGACCGCUCGUGGAAGGAGAAUACCUCAGCGAAAGCGAUGAUGAGAUCUCAGAAGAUUGGCUCAAGCUACGACGCAAUCUGGCAACGAAGGAUACUGGGGUUCCCACUGUAGCCAAGCUCUUCAUGAUGAAAUGGGACGACUACAUGCAGGACGAACAACUUUCCGGGGAUACGCACGUGGGAGAUGCUGUUGUGCGAUUCGGUCGAAAAUAUCGCGCUUGGCUGAGGACUCAGGAAAGAAUGGGCAAUGAAUUUCUCAGGAAGACGUCUGAACUGCAUAGCGACAACAUCAUAUGCACUGAGGUUUUCAGAGCUUGUGUUGACCUCAUUGAGGGCGACGGUAGCAUGAUGGAUGCCUUGGCAGUAUCUGCGGAAAUCAAAAGGCAUCAGUCAACGCCAAUUGCUCCCGAGACUAACGGAACUUUGUCCCGGCAGAGUGAUCCUAAGAUGAAGCGGAAGUACAUCCCUGGAGGGCCAGGUGGCGGAGGCAAAUGGUUCGACGUGGUGGAUGAUGACAAGAAGAGGAGAAGUAAGAAGGCCAAGCCGACCAUCAACAGGGAGAAUUCACAGCACUCGAGCCAAAUGAGUGUGUCUUCUCUGCCAACACCGCAGAAUACUGAUGGAGAAUUCAUCUGGGCAGGACUGGACAGUUCAACAAAGCCACCUCUGCCGGAAGAGACUCCACAGCAGCCGACAAUGGCGGUCCAGAGUGGGUGCACAUGUGGCAGGGUCGUCGACGACGACUUUGAGGCGAUUUCGUGCGCCAAUCUGGACUGUCGGCGAAGAGAGUUCCACCUGGAUUGUGUCGGUCUCGAACGGAGGGUACCGAACUGGCGCUGUGAUGACUGCGAGUCAUGA